UUCAACAGAUCCGAUCUUUCUCCAAAGCAGAUAAUAACUUUGCAUUGUUAAUUACCCAAUCAGUCUCUUUACGUAACUCACUCGCUCAAGUUCUGGUGUUGUUAUCAAAUAUUGAACACUGCAUGUGCCAAUUAUGGAGCCGAAACUGAAGUUUAUCGUCCUGGGCGCCGGCAUAAAUGGACUAUCGUGUGCGUUUCGCCUUACGCAGGAAUUUCCGGAUGCCCGGGUCGAAAUCAUUAGUGAAUGCUUUAGUCCCAACACAACGAGCGACGUCGCUGCAGGGCUUUGGGAGCCUUAUCUAAGCGGCGAUUCGCCGAGACACCUACUAAGGAAAUGGUCCCUUGAGUCGUACGAAUAUUUCCUCAGACUCUGGAGGAGUGGACGCGCAGACGAGUGUGGGAUUUCUUUGGUGCCAUUUAUCUCAUGCUCUAAGAAUGAAGAGCCGGAUGAUAUCUUCUGGAAAGAUUUCGUGUUUCAUUAUGGAAAUUUGACACAGAAAAGAUUGGAGCAGUUAAGCCGCGAGCAUGGCCAAGAAUACAAGUCCGGAAUUGAGUUUGUUACUUUCACAUGUGAACCAACGAAGUUAAUGGCAGUCUAUACAACUGCUCUGAAAGCGCGUGGAACAGUUUUCCGACAGCAAAAGAUUGAGUCCAUCCAAGAGCUUCUCCGAGAACCACCAAACAUCAACGCGGUGGUGAUCAAUUGUUUGGGAAUUGGAACGCGUGAGCUGCUCAACGACCUAGAUAUCAGUCCCUGUCGAGGACAGGUCCGUCGCGUUGAAGCCCCGUGGAUAUUCCACGUGUUCUGCAACGACUCAGGGUAUGUUAUCCCGAACACGGGUAGCGUUACGAUGGGCGGCAUAAAGCAGAUGGACGACUACGAGCUCAAAGCGAGACAGGAAGACACGGAUAAGAUUAAGCGAGGCUGCCAUGGGAUUGUGCCUGCCUUGGAACGGGCACCGAUCAAAGGCGAAUUCGUUGGACUGAGACCGUUGCGUAAGGGGAUUCGACUGGAGGUAGAAUGGAUCAUGUCGGAUAAUGGCGAUCGCUUCCCGGUGAUACACAAUUACGGUCACGGGGGCAGUGGCAUAACUCUUUCCUGGGGAUGCGCUGGUGAGGUUCUCGGAUUGGUUCGCAGCGUUAUCGUCGAGAACAGCUCUCGCAUAAACAGAUGCAAACUGUGAAUGAGAAGUCUAACAUUUUAUCAGCACCGUGGCGUUGUUGAUUGGAAUUGAUUAAAAACUCUUGCCAUUGCAUUGUAGCCCCCUAGCGAUAGAGGAAAUAUAAACAAAAUAUUUGCGAGA